GGAGGGUAGAGUUUCAAUGAUUUGCUAGGAGUAGAUGUUACUUCCGAACAAGAUUUCUAUUUUAUCAGUCCGAUUGUUAUUACACUCAACGGAAGAGUAGUAGCUAGAUUGUAUCGGUUGUUAACAACUUAAUGCGAUAGUUGGUCAACCCAAGAUCAUUCGACGUAAAAAUUUCCGAAUUGAAAGCUGUGAAAUCCAAGAGAACAAAAAUUAACCCAUUUAGUAAUGAUCAUUUCAAAUUGUGGUUGUACGUAUAUAAUCUGACUAAAUUGAAUUAAGUCAAGCUUAAACCUAGGCAGUAUGAAGAUAAUAGUUCAACUUGACACAAACUUUUUCACCGUGUGAGACACAAAAGCUGCUCAGAAGGAUUAAUUAGAACACAUUCUAGCACUCCACCAAAGACCAUUGUUAGACUACAUUGUCAGAUUACAUGAUGCACAAGCCCGAAAAUAGCUACCAAAGUGAUUAAUACUGUAACAGUUGAGUGGCCUGACUACAGCCACUAGAUAUUACCAAAUACUUGUAAUGGAACCGGAAGAAGCGAGCAUAAAUGAAUCGAUCGCUUUAAACAAGCCAUUCACAGAAAUAUCGGAUAAUGAAACCGCGCUGAAAACGAGAGAUGUCUGUCCGCUUAUACCUAUCGAGAUUGUCAUGUUUGAGACAUUUCGUCCAUACUUCAAGAAAACUACAAUUUCCAGUACAUAUCAAAAUGCCUUCUUUGUCCCCAACCAUGUCUGAGGGUUCAAUCGUCAACUGGGUUAAGAAUGAAGGAGAGCAGGUAGCUGCUGGAGAUAUCCUCUGCGAAGUUCAGACGGACAAAUCCGUUAUUGCAUUUGAAUCAGAGGAGGAAGGUGUACUUGCCAAAAUAUUGGCACCCACUGGCUCAUCGAAUAUCAAAGUCGGUGGUUUGAUUGCUGUGUUAGCCACUCCAGACGAGCAUUGGCAAGAGGUGGCUACUUCCGCUGUAUUGCUAUCACAGCCAUUGAAAGCCGACAGUACUCCAAAACAGUCAGAAAAAAACCGGACCAUCCAGGAACCACAGUCAUAUCGCUUUUGUCCAAUGGGACCUGCGGUUCGUCUUCUGUUACAAUCACACGAUAUCGAUGGAUCUCAAAUAAUUUCUACAGGACCACAUGGUCAGUUGCUCAAAGGGUAAGAUGAACUGGUUUCGCGAGAUCCACAAUGAAACGGAAGAAUGUGGCAGGAUUUUAAGCCUACAAAUAAGUGGUCAACCACUAAACUACUCUACUUUUGCUACCAUUCACUUACUAUAUUCUCGUUCUUAGGGCUUUAAAACUAACACGGGGUUUGUAAGAGGAUUUAUAGUUGUGUUAAUAUAUCGUAUUUCUAUUUGGUUAUUUAUAACAUACUGCUAGUCUGCGUCGCGAGUGACCUUAUCCCUGAGUCAUGGAAUUGACGGUUUUGGCUCGUAGCAUAUUGACUGAAGUAUUUGGCUUACGACCAGUUGGUCAAAGGUUCCAAAUGGUUAUUGAAUGUCUGGAAAUUUUCCUAUCAACUUAUAUGAAUAUCAGGUUGUCGACUGUGCACAAGGACUGGCGGUUGAUACUUCUUAGUUGGCAACAAGGAAUAUCUAAGGCAUAUAGCCUUUUAAUUGUGUUUCUAUUCAUUUCCUUUAAACUAUCUGGUUCCGGGAUGCAGAUAGUGAAAGGACAAAACGAAAAUUAACAGUUCACGCUUUUCCAUAUAAUAGUUGACAAAAGAUACUUAAGUUUUGGUCGAUAGUCAAUCGAAAAAACCAUGACUACGUAGAAGCGAAACGAUGGGAAAAUGUGCUCUCAACAAUAAAGUGUCGUUGAUGGAGUUUUGUUCUAUGAGCUGCAUGGUUUGGUCGUGGAGCGUUCAUCAUGCUUCUGAACGACAUCAUCAGCACAAACUCCAGAUACGGUAGUUUCAAUCGGUUCAGUGUUUAAUACGUUUUAUACUGUUAUUAUUUUUAUUUACUAAUUGGUCCGUUUCCACGAAAGUAUCCAACAACUUUUUUAUAUCGCGUUAUUCUCUUAGUGUCAUCACUCAAAUUCAUAGUCGACUGUUUCAUGAUCAACUUAGCAACUCAUUGUCCUGGAGUUUACGUUGUGAAUUCUAAAGUUAACCAUUUACACUGUUUCUUUUGACAAUAAUCUAUACGGUUUAAGAUUAAACACUGAAGCAGUGAUUUCAUCAACGGAAUUUCAGCUGCUGGCUUGUUGCUUCAUAUCCAGUUUGCUUUGGCCUGCUUAGUAGUAUUUCUCCCCCAUUCAUAAAGAUCAGUGUAUAAAACUGGUUCGUUAAUCGAGUUAAGCACAAAACUAUUUAAUUAUAUUUUUCUUCAGGUUAGUUCCUUUCAAGAAAUUAAGAAAUUUGAUUCUUUCAUGCGUGAACUUAUUAGUAAUAAUAGGAUGGGAAUUUUAAACCAAAUAUUCAACAUCGAUAAGGUUAUUUGUUAUGUUCUAUGUGUUCAUUUUACUUGGUUAUCUUCAUCCUAGGGAUGUUUUGGCUUACAUAGCUAACAACCAGAUUAAACCUGUUGUAUCUGAUCAGGAGAAGCCAAUUAUUGAUAUCCCUGUUAUGCAAACUGUCUCGUCAGUAGCCACUUUCACAGAUAUCACGUCAUUGAAUAUGGGGAGUGCUUUUGCCCAACGUUUGUCGGAAUCAAAAUUGUCUGUCCCACAUCAAUAUAUUCGUGCAACUACUCGCAUUAAUCGUCUAAAUGAAUUAAGAACUGAACUGAAAGUGGAUUCGGAUGUGGAUUUUUCUAUAAAUGAUUUCAUCAUCAAAGCUUGUGCUUUAGGCUUAAGGCUUGUUCCAGAUUUGAACGCCAUUUAUGAUUCUCAAGCUGAAUCUGCCAUUUAUCUGAGAUCGGUCGAUUUAAGUAUGGCAGUAGCAACUAAAUCAGGGUUACUUACGCCAAUUUUGCAUUCUGCAGAUACACUUAAUGUUUCUGAUAUCUCAAAGUUGUCGCAACAGUUGGUGCAGAAAGCACGAGAUGGUAUAUUACAACCACAUGAACUUGAAGGUGGGAGUUUCACAAUCUUUAAUCUUGGAAUUUACGAUAUUCGAGAGUUCACCACUAUUGUGAAUCAUCCUCAAGUCGCUAUUUUGGCUGUUGGGAGUGGUUUGCCAGAGGCUUGUAUCUCAACAUCAUAUACCGAAAAUAAAAUAACUUUUUCAACCAAUAUAACGCUAACAUUGUCAGUUGACUCACGAUGUGUAAGUGAAGUUGUUGCAAGUUCUUUCUUGAAGUACGUUUGUAGUUUGUUAGGAGACUAUCCGCAUCUUUUACUCAAUGGUGAUCCUGUUUCUUUGUCACUGAAGAGUAAUCAAACUUCCUCUCAACAAGAUGAAUUCGAUAAUCUAAUGCUUUCAAAAGUGAAUACAGAUAUUAUUCAAACCUUAGUUUGAUUCACUGAUAUGUGCUGUAUCUUUCUAUUUCUCCUACUUUAAUUUCUUCUCUACUUACAGUUAUUCUAUUUUGAAAGUUAGUAUACGUCUGUAAAAGCAACUUUCAUUGAAAAAAUUAGGCUAGUAAUGAUUUUGGCUGUUAACUUUUGUUAUACUGACUAUUAAUUAGAAUUCUUAUUUGUACUGUCGUAUCAUGGAUAAAUACAUAACUAAUAAAGUAAAAGUAACUUACUAACCCUCGCGAAUAAAUAAUAUUUAUUUUUCUAAAUAAUACAUAUGAGUUAU